AUGUCUCGUGGUCACGCACUCCUUGCCAUCAACCAGAUCGUCCAAGGCGUCCUCCUCCAGCUCAUCGUCACCACCGUCGAUGUCAUUCUUAUCACAUGCGUCUUGGCGCUAUACAACAGGAACCGCAUUUUGGUUUGCUCUCUCGGCGCGCUCUUCUUGGCCGAGCUCGCGUCACUCUGCUACAUCCUCGCAGUAGUGACCCCACGGCUAACAUACAACGACGAGUGCUACGUCACCUCCAGCCCGCCCGUCUUCCAGUACUUUUGGAUCAUCUCGCUCGCGUUCGAGACUGUGCUCUUCGUGCUCACGAUCGGAAAGUUCAUCGACGCCGUCCGCCAAGGCUGGGGCAAAGGCCCCGUCAUGCAGCAGUUCGUCGCCGACGGGACGUGGGCAUAUGCCCUCAUCUUCAUCGUCAUGCUCGUCAACAUGAUGUUCUACAAGCUCGUCCGCUCCACCCUCACGGGCAUAUGCUACACAUGGAUCGUCGUCGUCCUCUCCUUCGCCGGAUCGCGCCUCAUCCUCAACCCGCGCCGCGCGUCGAUGAUCCACUCCUCCUCGGGCGACAUCACCCGCAGCCACCUCGACAUCGAGCUCUCGCGCCUCUCGCGCCUCUCCACGCCGCCCGCGCACGGCAUCGCGGCCACGAUCGAGCGCACGACGACGACGGACGACCUUGAGGCGCACAUCAGCCUCGACUGCGUUCCAGACUCUCCGUGGAGCGCGACGAAGGGCGGGGAGAGCGACGUCGGCGCGUCUCCGAGCUCGCUCGCGUGGCACGAGCGCGAGCGGAUGGGGUUCGGGGUGUAG